UAAAUGGGUAGGGCUGCCAGAUCAUCUCCGUCAUCGUUUUUCGAGAGCAGCAGCAACCACCGCUUUGGUUUCUCGACCACCGGCGGUGCAGCUUCUUCCAUGGAUUUCGGCACCGAUCUUAGGCUCGGCCUUAGCAUUUCAACCGCUCCUCUUUAUGAAAGGGAGCAGGUGAGGCUAAGGCAGGUGUUUGGUGAAGAAGAAAAUGAGUGUAACUGUGCGACAUUCUUUGUUAAGGUUUACAUGGAAGGGAUUCCUAUUGGGAGAAAGCUAGAUCUUUUGGCUCAUGAUAAUUACUAUGACCUCAUAAGGACUCUUCAACAUAUGUUCAACACUAGUAUUAUCUGGGCUGAAGCUGAGGUUGAUGGCGAUCAUUAUGACAAAUACCAUGUGCUUACAUAUGAAGACAAGGAAGGUGAUUGGAUGAUGGUCCUGGGAGAUGUUCUUGUCAACUGUGAGGAGAUUGAAGAUUAG